GCUUUCGUGCUCGCGCCUCUACCACCCGCGGUCUCCGGUGCCCUCUACCAGGAAGGCAGUGGCAUGGGUGAUGGUGCCAAGAUGACAGCGUGGGUGUUGUUAGGCGCGACGCUGCUGUCGCUGGCGGUGAGCGAGUCGCUUGCCGAUCUGCGCGGCCACACGCACGCGUCGCAUACGCCGCGUGCGCGCCACUGGCAGCGCGGUCCGCACACUUUGGAUGAUGGUGCGCCGGCGCAUUUCGUCGGCCCCCACGUCUGUCGUACCAGAAACAGCACGCGUUGCUGUCCUGGUUGGACCUCCAGGCCCAACUCAUUGCUAUGUGUAGUGCCAAUAUGUCGUCCGGACUGCGGGUCUCAAGGUGGGGCGUGCAUCGCACCCAACAUGUGUCGCUGCCCCGGAGGCAUUGAGGCUUCCACUUGCACCCCCGGUGGCUACUACCCUUCACGACCGCGCGGCGGGUGCCGACGAAUCUGUAUGAAUGGCGGCACGUGCACCAACGGCACCUGCUCGUGCGCACCAGGGUGGUCCGGCGAGUUUUGCACUGAGCCGAUAUGCCAUGAGCCGUGCCUACACGGAGGGCGCUGCGUCGCGCCCGACCGCUGUGUGUGCUUCCACGGACUCUCAGGGGUCAGAUGCGAAAUCGACAGACGAACUGGUCCUUGUUACACUGAGACCCGCAAUGCCCUCUGCACGGGGGCGUUGGAAGGCAUUGUAUGCACGAAGCAACUCUGCUGCGCUACAGUGGGCGUGGCCUGGGGACACCCUUGCGAGCGCUGUGGCGAGCUCGAUUGUCCGCCGGGACAUUUGAAGAACUUGGCUACGAAGGAAUGCCAGGAUAUAGACGAAUGCGCAGCAGUUCCAGGUCUUUGUGAAGGUGGAAAAUGCGUAAACUCGAUCGGUUCGUUCUCAUGCGAGUGUCCUCUAGGACAGAUGCGACACCCAGUGACGAAUAACUGCGAAGAUAUCGACGAAUGCGAGAAUCCCAAUAUUUGUCCCAACGGCAAAUGUGUGAAUACGGAAGGCGAUUAUUACUGCUUGUGUAAUCCGCACUUUAUUCCUAGUCCCGACAAGAAAUUUUGUAUCGACGGCCGCGUGGGCGUGUGCUACAAAUACUUGAGCGAGACAGGCGAGUGCGGCGACCGACUGUCGACAUCUCUUUCCAACCGCGACUGCUGCUGUGGGUACAACAUGGGCCGCGCCUGGGGCGAACUCUGCGCCCCUUGUCCGCCAAGAGGCACACCGGAAUACGCCCACCUGUGCGGCAAAAUACCAGCAACGAAAGAAUGUGAUGGAAACGGAUGCGUUGAGACAGGCAAUGGCGGGACCACUGAGCCCGGGUUUAUUACCAAGAUCAACGAGUGCGCUCUACGGCAAGAUAUUUGUGGACUUGGGAAGUGUGUUGACAAGGAUGUUGGCUACACGUGCAAUUGCUACCCGGGUGCGCAACCGGCGGAGGAUGAAGGCAACCCCACGUGUUUAGACCAGGACGAGUGCGCGCUUGGCUUCUGCCGCGGAGGCGAGUGCAUCAACACGAUGGGAUCUUUCGAAUGCCGGUGCCCAACGGGUUUCGAGCCAGUAGAGAAUGGGCAGCGUUGCAGCGAUAAGAACGAGUGCGAGCUCACCUACGGCAAAAUGUGCACCAACGGACGCUGCCAGCGGCGGCGUGACGGCGACGGGUACAACUGCGAGUGCAAUCCGGGCUACGAGAAAACAGAGAACGGACAAUCGUGCCGCGACGUUGACGAGUGCCGCGCCAACCCGCGUGUAUGCCGCCGCGGCCGCUGCCGAAACACCCCCGGCUCGUACGAGUGCCAGUGCGAUCUGGGGUACAUCAACUCCGCGGGAGGUUAUUGUGUCGAUGUCGAUGAGUGUGAAGGACGGUCGGUUUGUCAGGGCGGUCGAUGCGUGAACAGCGAAGGCUCGUUCCAAUGCGUGUGUGAGUCAGGUUAUCGGCCGACGGCGGAUCGCGGCGCCUGCGUCGAUGUCGACGAGUGCUCUGAGGCACGCGUGUGUCGCAACGGCCGCUGCCAUAACACACCCGGCUCUUUCCGAUGCGAGUGUAGCGAUGGUUUCUCACUCAGCUCCGAUGGAAGGACUUGUGUCGAUGAGAUGCAAGAUUUGUGUUACGAGAAAUAUGAAGACGGCCGAUGCUUAGGGCCCGGUGACGCUCCAAUGACACGGUCAGAGUGUUGUUGUUCUGCUGCCAAAGGAAUUCAACUGGGCUGGGGUAUGUCCUGCAAAGCCUGUCCCGCUCACGACUCUAAGGAAUUUAAAAUUCUCUGCCCUAAUGGACGGGGCAAGGACAACAACGGCGCGGACAUAAAUGAGUGCAAGCAAACGCCAGGCAUAUGUACACAUGGAACAUGCGAGAACUUGAAUCCGGGCUUCAGAUGUCUUUGUGACCUUGGUUUUCAUAUAGACGAGAACGGUAAUUGUCAGGAUAUUGACGAGUGCGAAAUGCAUCAGUCGUACUGCCACGGCGGGCAGUGCCGCAACACAAUGGGCAGCUUCUCGUGCGUCUGCCCGCCGGGCACUGUGCAUGAUCCCGCCGCGCAGCUGUGCCGCGACGUCGACGAAUGCGCCGGUGAGAUCAUAUACGAAGAGUAUGACCGCGGAGACAUCCCCCCCCUCCUCCCCGUCCACACAGAGCUGGACAACCCGUGCGAUAAUGGGCGCUGCAUCAACACGCACGGAAGCUAUGAAUGCGAAUGCGAACACGGUUUCGUUCUAGACUCCACCGCUACUCAUUGUAUCGACAACCGUCGCGGAUCGUGCUGGCGACGCGUGGUGGAUGGUACGUGCGAGUCGGCGGCGCCGCACGCUCUGCUCAGGCAGGAGUGCUGUUGCGGCUUGGGGCUAGCCUGGGGUUCGCCUUGCAUGCCUUGCGACCAGAGCGACUGCCCCUGUGUCAGAGGAUACGCUAAGUUGGACGGCACGACAUGUCGUGACGUGGACGAGUGCUCAUUGGACUCUGAGUUGUGCAUUGGCGGCAAGUGCAUUAACACCGACGGAUCGUACCAGUGCGAAUGCCCUCAUGGGCUUACUUUAGACUCUACUGGCAACCGCUGCAUGGACACGCGUCGUGAACAAUGCUACACGGAGUACAUGAGUGGUCGAUGUUCCGGGCCGCUACUUUCAGAGGUACAUCGGUCGGUAUGUUGCUGCUCUGCCCUCGGCAAGGCCUGGGGCGACCACCGUUGUGAACCUUGCCCCAAGAAAGGAACGGACGCCUUCCGCACUCUUUGUGUAAUUAAUUUACCGCCCAUCGGUGAAGUUGAUAUCAGUAACAGCACCAUUUGGCCUAAUGUUCGUAAUUUUCCCGAUUACAAUGAGACGGACGGGGAUGUCGUGAAACCUCAUUUCCCUGGACCUAAAGUUAUCGAUGUUAACGAGUGCUCUGCUUUCCCUGGUUUAUGUGGACAUGGACACUGCAAGAACAUGAUGGGCACUUUCGAUUGCGAAUGUUUCCCUGGAUAUGAGAAAGAUUCGAAGAAUCACACAUGUGUGGACGUGAACGAGUGUGAAAUCGUGUCCGACGUGUGCGGUGCAGGUGACUGCCGCAACACCGACGGCAGUUUCGCUUGCCAUUGUCGGGCGGGGCACCGUGUUACGCUCUCCAAGGUUUGCGUGGAUAUUGAUGAAUGCUCGGAAGAUCACGGUUUGUGCCAUAACGGCCGUUGCGUUAACACGCCUGGGUCGUAUCGUUGUGAGUGUGGACCAGGAAUGGAACUCGCGCCUGACCGCCUUUCCUGCAAAGACAUCGAUGAGUGCUCCAUUACCUCCGGCAUCUGCAGCAACGGUGUGUGCGAGAACCAGAUGGGCACUUACCAAUGCGUAUGCGACGAGGGCUACGCGCAGUCCACCAUCAAGUCGCAUUGCGAAGAUAUAGACGAGUGUUCGGAGGACCCUAAUCGGUGCCAGCAUGACUGUAUCAACACGCCUGGCUCAUAUCAUUGUGUUUGCCGCGAGGGCUGGCACUUGCGCUCGGACGGGCGCUCGUGCCGCGACGUGGACGAGUGCGCGGGCGGCGUCCGGCCCUGCGGCGGCGGCGAGUGCCGCAACACCCCCGGCUCUUACCGCUGCACCUGCGGAGAGGGGCUCGUUCCCUCACCCGACGGUGCACUGCCCACCUGCAUAGACAUCGACGAGUGCAAUGACGUGCCCGACCUGUGCGAUGCGGGCGAGUGUCGCAACACUAUCGGCAGCUUUGUAUGCCGCUGUCCAGACGGAUACAGUGUGAAGCCCGAGCAGGGCCCUGCCUGCACUGACGACGACGAAUGCGAGCUUGGAACCUGUGACUGCCACCCCGCCGCGGACUGCAUCAACCUCCCGGGCUCGUUCCAAUGCCGCUGUCGUGACGGCUGGCGUGGCGAUGGCACGCAGUGCGAGGAUAUUGACGAGUGCCUCACCAAUAAUGGCGGUUGUCAUCCACGAGCGACAUGUCGGAACACCGAUGGGUCGUUCAUGUGUCUGUGUGAUACGGGUUACAAGGGCGAUGGCUACUCGUGCGUGGACAUCGACGAGUGCGCAAACGACCCGACUUUGUGCUACAAUGGGCAUUGCAUCAACACGCCCGGCGGGUACGAAUGCGAGUGCGACGGCGGCUUCAUCAAGUCCAACGACGAACGUUCUUGUCUCGAUAUGGACGAGUGCGCAAUGUUCCACAACCUGUGCGUGUUCGGCCGCUGCAUCAACACAUACGGCAUGUUCAAGUGCAUCUGCAACAAGGGCUACCAAUUAGAUAGCGUUGACCCGCUGAAGCUUGGUUUCAACUGCACGGAUGUGGAUGAGUGCAAGUCCCCGCAAUCGUGUCAGUACGGCCAGUGCACUAACACGCAGGGCUCGUAUAUUUGCCGCUGCCCGCCCAACUACGACCUUGUCUCCGAUGGUACUGCAUGCUACGAUUCAAGGAAGUCUCGCUGCUACGGUCAAGUAGAAGUUCGUGCAGGUACAGAGCACUGUCGAGAUAGUGACGAGUUAUCCGAAGACGGCACUAUGGCGGCGUGCUGUUGCAGUGUGGGCGCGGCAUGGGGCAACUAUUGCGACUUGUGUCCAGAGCCCGGCACGGACGCCUACCGACAGCUUUGCCCCGGUGGACCUGGCUACCAGCCCGUUUUCGAACCGCCAUCGUACGUAGUGACGCUAGCGGAUAUCGACGAGUGCGCACAACAUCCAGCGUUAUGCCUCUACGGGACAUGCACAAACACGUUCGGCUCGUACGUGUGCACGUGCGCGGACGGCUGGCGGCUAAGCGACGACGAGCAGCGCUGCGUGGAUAUCGACGAGUGUGAUGCUAACUCUGCCAUCUGUGGGCCCGGAGUCUGCCGCAACAUGCCCGGAUCUUAUGUCUGCCUCUGCCCGGAGGGAUACGUUCCUAUGCCUUCCGGCAAAGAGUGUGUGGACGUACGAGUGCGACAAUGUUACAUGGACUACGACCCGGACACGGGGCAAUGCGCGCGUGCUGCUUCCGUACCGCAGACCAAAUACUUGUGCUGCUGUUCGGCUGUGGCCUCCGCUUGGGGCGACCCGUGCGAGCCGUGCCCCGUCCGUGACUCGCCCGACUUCAAGGCGCUGUGCGGCGACCGCCCCAGCGAGUACAUCAACCCAAUCACCAACGAAACCAAAGCCAUCAACGAGUGCGAUAUCAUGCCGCAGCUCUGCAAGCCCGGCUCCUGUGACGACACACCUACCGGAUUCCAAUGUGUAUGCGAUCACGGCUUCGAGCACGAUACGACAUCGCACAUAUGCCGCGACAUAGACGAGUGUGUGGGGCGCGAGAAUCCCUGUCCGGGCGUUGCGCAGUGCGUGAACUUGCCUGGCUCGUAUGACUGCCGCUGCCCGGCCGGCUACGAGUUGCAUAACAGCGACUGCCGCGACGUCGACGAGUGCCUUGAUGACGGCGUCUGCGCGCACGGGGAUUGCAAAAAUACCCUUGGUUCCUACAGGUGCGAAUGCCAGCCCGGCUAUACUCUUCGCGACAAUGUAUGCCGAGAUGUGGAUGAAUGUUCACGACCGCGACCGAUGUGCAAGAACGGUACCUGCGAAAAUUUGCCCGGCGCUUACAUAUGCCACUGCAACGUGGGAUUCAAGCCUGGCGCUAACAACGACUGCAUCGACAUAAACGAGUGCCGAGAUGGUGGUAUGGUAUGCCGUAAUGGUAUAUGUCGCAACACGGUUGGCUCGUUCUGGUGCGAGUGCUCCCGCGGCUACACUCUCACACCCGACGGCAACAAUUGCCGCGAUGUCGACGAGUGCACCGAGAUAUCGUAUCCUUGUGGCCGCGACGGCAAUCCGUCUUGCACCAACACUAACGGAGGUUACCAGUGCUCAUGCGGUGAGGGUUGGCGAUUGGUGAAUAACCGCUGCGUAGAUCGAGACGAGUGCAAAGAAAAGCCCUACGUGUGCGCUGGUGGCGAUUGCCGCAAUUUCGAUGGCGGCUUUAAGUGCGACUGCCCGGACGGCUGGCGAUUCGACAAGACGUCGUCGCAAUGUAUUGAUGAAAGACAGGAAAUAUGCUACGAGGAGUGGGACCAGGGUCGCUGCCACAAAGCACGACCGCUAGAACUCACCAAGGCAGAGUGCUGUUGCUCUGAAGGUCGUGCAUGGGGCAGGUACUGCGAACGGUGCCCACCGCCAAAUACAGAAGCGUUCUUGAAAAUCUGCACAGGCGGUAUGGGAAGGCCGAACCUAACUAAUGAUCUAGAUGAAUGCCAGGUGCGGCCUGAUGUGUGCCGCGGCGGGCGCUGCAUAAACACAGACGGCUCGUUCAGAUGCGAGUGCAACGACGGGUAUACGCUGGAUGAAACUAAGCUGAGCUGCGUGGACGUCGACGAGUGCGCAUCUGACUCACGUAUCUGCGGUAACGGCACCUGCACUAAUGUGCCCGGUGGUUACGAGUGCCACUGCAACUACGGGUUCACGCAGGGACGCGAUCAGACGUGCACAGACAUCGACGAAUGCGCAGAAGGGCGGGCUCCGUGCAUGUCCCGCUGCCAUAACACACCGGGCUCUUACCGUUGCAUGUGCCCGUACGGUUAUGUACUAGCUAAUGACGGCAUACACUGCAGCGACAUCGACGAGUGCAAGCAGCAGCCCGACAUUUGCCCUGAGAAUCGUGAAUGCGAAAAUACCGUUAGCUCUUAUAUCUGCAAAUGUCCAGAAGGCUAUCGGCGCAUCGCGGCGAGGGAUGAACCGGACGCAUGUGAAGAUAUUAACGAGUGUGAGGAGGCCACGGACCACUGCUCGCCUGGUGUAUGCAUCAACAUCGAAGGCGGGUACACCUGCGACUGCGAUAACGGUUGGCAGCUCAACGCGGACGGCACCUCUUGCAUAGACCGUCGCACUUCACAAUGCUAUCGAUCGCUGGUGUCAGGCCGCUGCACGCCAGAACCGUGGCCCAGAAACGGCUACACGUCCACACCUACCGCGCCGUCUUAUGUUACUAAAGCACAAUGCUGUUGCACAUUGGGAGUAGCGUGGGGCCCUGAAUGCGAAAUCUGCCCUGUGCCCGGCACUAUCGAUCGAAUGGAGCUUUGCACUCCAGAGAAUAUCAACCCUGACAAAAACGGUGGUCAAGGUGGUAAUGGUGGUCUCGAUGGUAAUGGUGGUUCCGGUGGUAAUGGUGGUCACGGUGAUAAUGGUUAUCCCGGUGGUGAUGGUGGUCACGGUGGUAAUGGUGGUUACGCUGUUGAUGGUGACGUUGAUGAGUGCGCUGCCAUGCCCGACCUCUGCGCGCCGGGACGCUGCGUUAACACUAUUGGCAGUUUCCGGUGCGUGUGCGGCCUAGGCUACCGACCGGCGGGCGAUAUAUGUGCCGACAUCGACGAAUGCGCGCAGCGGCCUAGACCGUGCCAGCACUCCUGCAAGAACACUGAAGGCUCAUAUGAAUGCCUCUGCAGACCCGGAUAUGAGGUGGACGAAGACGGUGCGAAUUGCCGCGACAUCGACGAGUGUAUCCGUGGCACACACACGUGCCAGCAGACUUGUAGGAAUACAGAGGGUUCGUACGAGUGCUCGUGUGAGGAUGGGUACGAGAAGCGCGGAGACGCUUGCGUUGACGUGAACGAAUGCCACGAGGAAGGCAUCUGUCCGACGCCGGGUAAGUGCGUGAACUUACUGGGAUCGUACCGCUGCGUGUGCCCGCGCGGUUUCCGCUUGGACGUAACCGGCGGCCGCUGCGUCGACCGCGACGAGUGCGACGAUGGUCGCUGCCAGUCACCCUGCCGCAACUACGCCGGGGGCUAUCGAUGCGAGUGCCCAGACGGCACGGUCCGGGGCUCUGGCGGUAUCUGCGCGCCGGUGGACGCGUGCGGGACCAGCCCGUGUGGCUCCUCGCCGUGCUUCCCCGUCGGCGGUGCCUACCGCUGCGGCUGUCCCGGUGGCUACGGAUGGGACGCGGGACACGGCGUCUGCUUACAGUUGGCCGGCGGCUGUGCGACAGCCAGUUGCCUGUUCGGCUGUUCGGCGCUUGGCGACUCCUAUCAGUGCGGCUGCCCUGCUGGUUACCAGCUGGUGGGUGCGGGUCAUUGCCUCACGGCGCUGGAUGGUGCGUUACCACCCGACGACAUCGGCGGCGCACCCGUCUUCCCAGUUAGAGACCAGUACAAAAUUGGAGGGGAGAACGAACUCAUUUCCAAUGAGGGCUGCUUCAGCUGCAAGGUCAACGGUAGAAGAAGAAGAGCUUCCGAGGAAGGCAUUGUGUAUGCGAAUGGAACCACCCUUGUCCGAAGAAGACGACGGCGUAGUCGACGUCGUCGUUCUGUGCUGGAGCCAGAAGCUGAGUUAAUAGUAGUAACUGCCACGCCGAAACAGACGUGGGGCCGCGCGCCACUGCUGCGCCUAGUACCCGCCGAGGACAAGGCGCGGGCGCAUUACCGCAUCGCCUACGGCGACCCCGACAGCGACUUCAUUCUCAAUAAGCGCGACGGCGCCUGGGCGCUGCGCAUGCGCAAGCACAUUAAAUCGAAAGCCAGCUACGAGCGGCAGUUGGAGCUGGAAGCACGGUUCGUGGUCAACCCCGAGUCGAGCCGGCGCAAUCGCCGCAGCCGUCGGCAGGUGGCGCCUGCGCCGCUGCGCCUCUACGUAUCCGUCCGCAUUGACCCCGACGCGCAUCGGCGCUGACCUCAAGAACUUAUCUAUUAUUCGUCGGACCAUUAGCCGUUAGUAGCGUCUGUUUUGGAAAUGUCUAAUUUGUAUGUAACAGGUGCCCUUUUUCGUGAGGCGAUUCGAGAUUGAGUUUCGUUAGUCGUUGCUCUCCGUUAACCACAACCAUGCGUCAAUAGGUCUAAAUAUGAUCUGUUAAAAUAUACAGGAUUAUUUGUAAAAUAUUAACAACCUCACAGGUCUCUUUUACUUAUAUCAAAAAUAACAAAUUUUGUUUCAGGAUUUAAUAUAUAAAAAAAAUAUUCGUCCGAUUUUAUUUAGGUACAAAAAUAAAAAUAUUUAAAUAGAUCAUUCUAAACGGUGACCACUCUUUGCGUAAGAAAAGAUACAUACCAGAUCGACGCAAAACGCAAGAGCGGGGGUGGAAUGCUCACACGUUUGAUCA